AUGCUUCAUCUGCGAACAUCUCUAGCUGCAAGCCUGGUAAUAACAGGAUUACUCACGGCUGUGCAAGCUCAAUACUACAAGGUUGAUACUAAAGAUGCGAUCAAAACAACGGCCAGUACCAUCGCAUACGAUCUGAUGCUUUUAUACGAAGGCAACAGGACUGGAAAAAUACCCGGAAUUCUACCAGGACCACCAGCUGAGAACAAGGGAAAUUAUUACUGGUGGCAGGGCGGUGCCAUGAUGGGCACAUACAUCGACUACUGGCACCUGACUGGCGACACAAGCUACAACGAUGUGGUGAUGCAGGGGAUUCUGCACCAAGUUGGCGAAAACCGAGACUUUAUGCCUCGAAACCAUACAGCUUCACUCGGAAACGAUGACCAAGGAUUCUGGGGCAUGACAGCAAUGCUUGCUGCCGAAAACAAGUUUCCCGACCCUCCACGAGACAAGCCGCAAUGGCUCGCUUUGGCGCAGGCCGUCUGGGCCACGCAAGCAGACUCGAGCAGACAUGAUUCUUACUGCAACGGUGGUAUGCGAUGGCAGAUUCCCUUUUCCAAUGCUGGAUAUGAUUAUAAAAAUAAUGAAACUUGGGAUUGGCUCUGGGGCGUUGGAUACAUUGAUCACAAGAGUUGGCUUGUCUACGACGGUGGCCGCGUGCAGCACAAUUGCACCGAUAUCAACAAGGCCACCUUUUCCUACAAUGCCGCCAUUUUGACUCAGGGUGCGGCAUUUAUGUAUAAUUAUACGAAUGGUGACAAGAAAUGGGGCGACCGCGUCGACAAUCUUGUAGAUUCCAUGAUCAAAAACUUUUUCAAGGAUGGCGCCGCAUACGAGGUGCCAUGCGAGAGUACACCAGGCACAUGCACAGCUGAUAUGCUUACUUUCAAAGGCUACGUGCAUCGUUGGCUAUCUGUGGUUGCGCAGAUUGUACCACAUACUGCCGACAAGAUACUGCCCGUCCUGGAAAAGUCUGCUCAAGCCGCCGCGAAGCAAUGUACGGGCCGCGAGACAGGUCGCACCUGUGGCUUUUACUGGACCGGGGGCAAAUUUGUUGACCCUGGGGUCGACAAGACGACUGGCGCUGGAGAGUAUAUGAGUGCCCUGGCCGCCGUUUCCAGCCUCCUAAUCAAAGAUGCGAACCCUCCUACAACCAACGAUACGGGCGGCACAUCCAAGGGCAGCCCCAACGGCGGAUUUGCAGGUGGCGAUAAUGGACAGAGACCACCAAGGCCUAUAACCACAGCCGACAAGGCUGGCGCUGGCAUCCUGACGUUGACGCUGGUUUUCGGAGCCGUAUGCACAUUUUUCUGGAUGGGCUUCAUGGGCUGA